AACGUCAAUAUCUCAAGAAGAACGAAAAUAAAAAAUUAUAAUUUUUGUUUUUAUUUAAAAUUGUAUGCCUUUUCUUGUUUAGAGUGAUAUGGUAUGCUUUAAUGAUAAGAGUUGUUUAGGGGAAAUUUUUAUAAUUUUCAUUUAUUUUAUCAUAUGUUUAACAUUGAACCUAUAAAAUGGAAUCCAAACCUAAAGAAAAAGUGAUGUCCUAUGAAGAGAAAUCUGUAGGGUCCACUCCAUUUUUUAAGUGUGAAGCAUGCCCAUACAUGGCCCUAGCUGAAGACGACAUUAAAUUUCAUUUAUUCACCGUCCAUCCCGAUUUAGCGAAAAGCAAUGGUCUCGCAGAUAAUAUUCAAAUUCAUUGCCCUGGUUGCACUAAUGUGUUCGAUGCAGAAGAGACCUUGAGAACGCACUUACGAAAUCAUCAUAAAAUGGGUAUUAAAGAUGUCAAAAAGAUGAUAAAAAGCCUCGUUCAAAUAGCAUUAAAGAAUGCAAAAUUGAGAAAAGAAGCCCCACAGAGCGUACCUCCGACCAGGCAAGACAUAGCCGAUGUAAGAAUCCCACAGGUGAUAGAAAUUGUUCCUGAUAUAUCAAACACAAACAGUGAACAAUUACCCAAAGGUGUUGCGUUUAUAUCUGUAGAUGAGCUAAACAAAAUGAGCGCUCCUAAUUUCGAAACGAUAGACCCUAAAGAAGUUAUACAAGAGGCCAGUAUAAAUAUUGUAUACACAAAUGAUAUAUCAACACAAUAUGUUAAUGUUUCAAAAUCAAAUAUAUCAAAUUCUCCUUGUAAUGUGAUUCAAGUAUCGAGUGUGACUCCCGAUUUGAUAUCAUCGAUACAACCACGUGUAAAUAUGUCAGAAAGCUUAUCGCCAUCCAAAAAGGAUGAACAAACUCAGAUCACAGAUGAAACAAUGCCUUAUAAAUAUAAGGGAAGGACUGUGACCAUGAAUCCAGAGGAAAAUGGUACAUUAUGUUCAGUAAAUAAAUGUUAUAUACGUUUGAAAGAUCCAAACAACUUGUCUUAUCAUAAGAAAUGUCACCAGAAUGGUAAGCUACAAUGUCCUGAGUGUGGGAAAGUCUUUCUAACUGUGGACCAGUGUCACACACACUUGUGGAAAAUACAUGAUAUUGAUGUAGAAUUGCCCACCUGUGUGGUGUGUGGUUAUAAAACAUUCCAGAGGCACAGACUACUGAAUAUUCAUAUGAAAUGCCAUGAGAAGUUGAAGGGACAUACAUGUUCAUUAUGUUCCAAAUCAUUUAAAAACAUGAACCAACUGACGAAACAUCGGCAGCUCCACAAAGCAGACAAUACAUAUGAAUGUCACAUUUGUAAGAGACAGUUCCACAGCCAGCCUCGACUGAAGUCACAUAUAGCAGCCGUUCAUGACAAAUUGAAGCCCUUUAAGUGCUGCCAUUGUGACUACACCGCAGCUAGAAAAGAGGAACUGAAAUUGCAUCUACGAUCACAUACAGGCGAUAAACCGUACGGAUGUGAUCAAUGCAGUUACCGUUCCGCGGAUCACAACUCCAUGCGCAGACACAAGAAGGUCCACUCAAAAGAUGCUGUAUAUAAAUGUAAAUACUGCCCAUACAGUUCCAUUCAAUCCAGUGUAUUCACUUCUCACAUGAUAUCCAAACACCCCAAUAUAACCUCCAAUGAUAUCCACUACUGCUCAUAUUGUUCAUUCAAAUCUAUCAAUGAAGAAAAAUAUUUAAUGCAUCUCACAACACAUAGAGAUAAAGAAGAUAUUCAAAUGCUAUGCAAUGUCGAAUUAACGAAAACUAAAAACAAACCCUCUUGGACGAUACCUACGGAUGGUUCGGAAAAAAUUGAUAAAGAAGACGUAGAUAAAGAUAUAAGUAUAGAUAAAAACAAAGAGUCUAGUCCCAAAACUGUUAAUGAAAUACCAAUAGAAGUGUUUGAUUGUGAUAGCCUACCCGAAACACUGCCACAGGAAUAUCCCAAAAAUUAUUGUACCACAUCAUCAAAUUCGGAUCAGUCGUCGAAUUUCAACAGCCAGGACAUGGUCACAGAUCUUAGCAAAGACGACAAUAAUUCAGAUUGUCUAUUAUCAGAAAGCUCGAACGAUACUAUGUUAGAUCGACACCAAUAUAAUCCACAACAUUCAUUGCAAAUAACGUAUGACACGACCCAGUCAAACUUACACUAUCUCAAUACUUCAGCGACAAUGGAACAAACGUUACUUCAAACGGCCAACGUGGAUACGCUCACUACAAGUCACUCUCCAAUCGUCAAAAGCAUAAGCAAUAAUAUUAUGGCCAACUUCCCAAUAAGAUUACCUCCUGCACCAAUAUCUAUGCGAAAUAAUAUAACUUUGAAACCUGUUGACAAAUUAUCGCUUCCGAUGUCAAAAGUUACGGGACCAAUCAUAAAACCUACUCAAAUUCUACCAGUGCCCUCAUCUAGUCAUUCACCAAUAAAUAUCACACACGACAACGAUGGUGUUCCCAGAAAGAAAGCGAAGAUAUCGGUUAAGAGCAAUCUUAUUCUUAAGGGACCAGAUCAAGUGAAUAUGUUCCAUUCCCAACAAAAAAUGGCAUUUAAACAGUUAGAGGACAACGAGAGAUAUGGCUUAGGUGGUCCUGUAACAUUCAACAAUUUAAUAACGACACAAUUCAUGCAACUUCCCCCAGAACCCGUUUUAAGCGAAUCUCCAAAUACUAUAAUGACGUAUGCACAAGAGAACAUGCUCGGUGAAUCGGCUACGACACCGGUUGACUCUGAAAUGACAGACGACCCACAAAUAUUUUCAUUUAACCAACAAAUGAAUGUCAGCUCCAUGACAAUGCUCCCACCACCACAGAAAAUCCAAACAAAUGAUCCUAGUUAUAUCAAAUUAGAAGCGACGAUCAAACAAAACACUCAGUCGCCAAGUCUAGAAAGAAUGUGCAAUGCCAACUUACUAAACAACCAAGCUCUAAGUAGAGAAUAUAAAGCAUCCCCUCCGUUAGAAGACAUUCAUAAAAAUAUGAGCGAAAUAAAGAACGAAGUAAAAUCCGAUGCAUUUUACACGAUACCUCUUACUAACUCAACAUCUAAUCCGCCUUUAAUCGAUCAGUACUUAAUAGACAAUAUAAUUCCGGAACAAUAUCCAGGACAUAUGGAUUUGUCUACAGUAGUCAUGCCCGAAUUAUCCGACCACCAGAAUGACGUCAUAGAAAUUGACGAUAAUUCAGACGACAACAAGCUGUUACCUCGUUUCGACAUGAAUUUCCCCUUAGAAUCUCUAUACUUGAUGCAAAAUGACUUUCACUUCUUAGAAAAUGAUAUUCAAAUGAACAACAGUUCAGAAAUAGUAAAUGAAAUGAAUAGAAUGGUAGCAGAAGUGCCUAUUAUUAACCAAAAGGAAAACUUAGAUAUGACGUCUAAUGAGCUUAGUAGUGAUUUUCCCAAUUAUAUCCAGGGAAAGAAGGAUCCCAUGAUGAACACGUCGGUUAGACCGACGAAUAAAAUAAAUGUAAAAAAUAUAGAACUAAUGAAAAAUUAACUUGUACAUAAGUGUUAUGUUUAUAAAUUAAAGAAAUCAAAAUGUACCUAUAUAGAGUGAAGUCUAUUCUGUUGUAGAAUGAAUUAAAAAAUGAAUG